GAUGGGUUGGCAAUGCUGUAGUAUCAUGAGUACUGGGAAAAUUUCUAACCGCAAAAUUUGUUUAAAAACCAUUUGUUAAACUCAGGAACACUAGGCUUUGCAUGUGUUACGGGCCCAGUGUCAUUCAUUUUAAAAGCUUUCACGUGGCCACGGUUAGAAGGCGUGUUUUGAAGAUUCCUUCGAAGUAUAAAACCAGUCCACCACGUACAGUGUUCCACAAUGUCAUUCGGAUUUCGUGACAAGGAUAGACCCUCUUUACGCGACCGAUUUCGAGGGAAGUCCGGCGAUCAGAUAGUAGAGGAGCUUCGGAAAAAAUUGGACAACGACAGGGAGAUGUUCUUCGAAAGAGUUCCUAAUCCAUCUAGUUUUCGAAGGGCGGGGUUCCCCUUCGACGAUGACGGGCUGAGGGCGCGCGGCCGGCCCGACUUCCGACACCGACUAGAGGAGCUGGCCCAGCAGCACCCGGAGUUCGCCGACAGCCUGCGCCCCUGGUACGACCAGGAGCAACAGCCUCAGCAGUCGCAGUCAGCGCAGCAGCAGCCGCCACAGACGCCGCCGCAGCCGCAGCAGCAGCAGCAGCAACCCCAGCAGGAUAUGGGUUGGGGCUUCCGACAGAGGACUGGCUCCAACUCUUCACAAGCCCAGCCGGAGGCCCCGCAGCAACACGAGCAGCAGCAGCAGCAGCAGCCAGAGCCGCAGCAGCAGCCUGGUCUAGCUCACCACGGCCUGAGGAACACUGUGGACCUCGGCGAGGCCCAGGCACAGAUGGACGGCCAGGCUCAGGACGACCGCGUGAAGCGCGCGCAGAGCGCUCCGCCCGCCCCGGACCAGGCUGGUCCCCACGGGGCGCCCCAGGGACAGCGCUUCGUGUCCCGGCUGGACAUCAACCCACAGCCAUCCAGUCAGGACCCUGCGGCCGCCAAGCCCCCCUCGGGCUCCAAGCAGCAGCAGCAGCAGCAGCCACCGCCCGCCAAGACGGCCAGUGGCAACGUACGGCAGAUCCCCAUCUUCGUGGAGGGCCGCGACGAGCCCGUGCUGGCCAAGGACGACGUGGACUCGGCGACCAACUUUGGACAGGGCUACCCCCAUCACAGCAGCACCGGCACGCGGCCCAACUUCGGCCAGGGCUUCUCGCGGUCCAACAUGGGCUUCCCGUCGUUCCACUCCAGGGAGCCGUGUGAACAGGAGGCUCCCGCGCACAAGCGGCCCUUCCCACAACAGCACCAUCAACCGCCCCCGCAGCGUCAGCCACAGCAGCAACACCAGCCCCACCACCAGCAACCGCCCCACCACCAGCAACAGCCCCAUCACCAGCAACAGCCGCACCCACAGCAGCCUCCGAGGCAGCAAACGCCUCCCCAGGCCCAGCAGGCCCAGCCUCAGGCUCAACCUAGCCCUCCACCGCAGCAGCAGAAGCCCAAAGACGCGCUCGAGAAGGUGAAGGAAGUGCAGUUGGAGGUGGAGUCGUUGUCAAAGGAAGUGGACAUGUUCAAGGGCACGCGGAAGGACAAGCGCUACCUGUUCUUGGACGAGAUGCUGACCCGGGAGCUCAUCAAGCUCGACGUGAUCGAGACGGAGGGGCGCGACGACGUGAGGGCGGCGCGCAAGGAGACCAUUCGCUCCAUCCAGCAGUGCAUCUCGAGACUCGAGGCCAGGGCGGACAGCGACCAGGCGAGCACCCCGGCGAGCACAGAGUCAAUGGAGGUUGACCCGCCCGCCGCCGCUGCACCCGAGUCCAUGGAGGUGGACCCAUCUAGUCAGACCAGUGGAGACUGCAAGACUGAAGGGAAGGAGGCGGCUGCCCCCGCGGCGCCCGCCGAACCUGCCCAGGCCGCGGACGCUGCUUCCGUCCCGCCCAUGGAUACCACCCCCGCGGCUGCAGCGCCCGCCGCACCUGCACCGGCACCAGAGUCCGUCCAGACACCUGCCCCCGCCGCCCCCAGCCCUGCCCAGGAGAGUGCCGCUGCCGCAGCGUCAUCGUAGUGCUAGAAGUGCAGUAUUCUUUUAAAUCUUAAAAAAAAAAUUGUUUGAAUUUUGUGUCCGAUGGAACUAGUACCUGAAUGAAGAAGUGGCGCGCGUAUGGAGUGACUGUUGUGCUGAUAGUGAACGCCAGUUAGGGUGUGAGUGAUGACUGAUGUGGCCUGGUAGUUUACUUUUCUCUUUCUCUAGUGGAUUUUUAUAUUGUUUCAAGUGCUGUUAAUUUCCACUGAUUUGUUUUGUAAUGUUUCAUGACCUAUUUAUUUGUUAUGCUAGCCAAAGAGAUUUUAAUUUCUUUUACACACCUGCGCAUUGCAACAAUUUGAUCCCCCUCCUCAUUCUGUCUUUUAUUUAAAUUGUAACUGUGAUAUUUGUGCCCGUGUAUUAGUGGUGUUAGUGAUAUCCUCAGCCAACAAGCCUCUCAAACGAAUUGUUGCUUUCCAUAGUAAAAGUUUUGAUAAAACACACGCCAUAGUUUUCUCGGUAACUCUGAUACGAUUUUUGUAUGUCACUUGUUUUCCUCUCAAACUUUGUUUAAACUGUAAAUAACAUUAGAAUAAUUAAAUAAUUCCAUCAUUCAAAA